AUGACAUCACAUCGAAUUCGAUCAUAUGAAACAACGUAUCAACGAGAAUAUUCAAUUGUAAGAAAAGCAACAAAUAUCGAUGAAGGUGUUCCAGCAGGCCAACGAUUUUUAAUCGGAUGUCCCUAUGAAUUAAAUGAACCGGUGGGUAUAACAUCAUACACAGAUGAUUAUCCCGAGAAAACUAAUAUACAACGAGAACCAAUUAUUCGACCGAAUACGCCUCGAGCUAAUCGACCACAUACGCAUCCACAAUUUCCUUACAUACCACGACAAUCAGUGAUUACCUCUUCAGAUAUUACGGAAAAGAUUAAACAAGCGCUGAAAAGUCAAUUCACUACAACUUAUCGCACAGAUUUCCUUGGAGCUCCACAAGGCUUCCCUCUCCCAUUAGCUUACAAUUCGUCACGAUCAUUUUGGCGUAAUCGAGCUUAUCAGCCUUCAAAUAGUGAACAAAAGUGUUCUCUUCGACCAACAACAGCUCCUGUUGGUCGUUAUGCUUACACUCGUCGUGCUCCGGCAGAAGCAAUUAUUCCACUGACAUUACCUAUGUGGAGAAAAGGAUCUUCUCAAACAUCGUACAAAACCGAAUUUAGUGAAAAAGCGCCAUCUGAACUUUACAUGAAAAACUUCGUUGAUCAUUUUAGUGGACCUAUGGAUCAACAGAAAUAG